AUGUCUAGCGCAAAGCCCGCUCUCACGACAGACAUCAGCAACUAUGGUGAUACUGGCUACGGGGACCCCAGUCAGACAAUGAAGGCCUUGACUUGGCAAGGGAAGAAUCAAGUGAAGCUCGUGGAAACGGCUAGGCCAACUAUCGUUGAUGAUAAAGAUGUUAUUCUGAGGGUAACAGGAAGUACUAUCUGUGGAAGCGAUCUUCAUCUCCUUCAUUCGGCUAUACCUGAAAUGCACAAAGGAGAUAUUCUGGGGCAUGAGUUUUGCGGGAUUGUGGAGAAAAUCGGUCCCAAAGUCAAGAAGCGCAAGAUUGGCGAGCGAGCUGUAGCUUCCUUCCAGAUUGCUUGUGGAACGUGCUACUACUGCGAAAAGAAACUGUCCUCGUUGUGUGAAAGAACCAACGGCAGCAUGUUUGGAUAUUCACACUUCACAGGAGGCUUUGCAGGAGGACAGGCUGAGUUUGUGCGGGUUCCCUUUGGGGACGUGAAUCUGCUACCGUUACCGGAUGAUGUCCCUGAUGAACAAGGGCUCUAUCUAUCCGACGUCUUGGCCACGUCGUGGAAUGCUGUGGUUGAUACAGGUGUUAAAGAAGGAGACACGGUUGCCAUUUGGGGGGCAGGCCCUAUUGGGCAGAUGGCGGCUGAGUUUGCAGUUGUGAACGGGGCGAGCCGAAUCAUCAUGAUUGACGGUGGAGAGGGAAGAUGGCGGCUGGAUUUUAUGAGGACGAAGGUUCCGCAUUUGGAGACUAUUGACUUCACCAGACUUCCGCGCGGAGAAACAGUUGUAUCCUUGCUGAAAAAAAUGUGUGACGGGCGCGGCCCGGACAUUGCAAUUGAGUGUGCCGCUGGCGAGUAUGCAAAAGGGUUAGGCCACGCCAUCCAGAGGACAUUAGGCAUGGAGAACGACACGUCGGAACUCUUGAACGAGAUGAUUGAAUCAGUUAGAGGCUUCGGAUGUUGUGGGGUCACUGGUAUAUAUACUGGCUAUUGCAAUCACUUCAAUAUUGGAUCCUUGAUGGAGACAGGCAUUCACCUGAACGGAAAUGGCCAAGCGCCCGUACAAAAGUACUGGAAUGAACUACUUGUCUUAAUACAACAAAGGAAAAUCUGUCCGUUGGACAUGGUCACUCAUCGCUUUGAUCUCAGCGAUAUGGAGAAGGUCUAUGACUUAUUCAACCGUCGUGCAGAUGGUAUGCAGAAGGUUUUCAUCCAGACGAGGUUUUCAGCCCCCAGAGAUCCGGCUUCACCCGCUUUGACGGUGUUUUGA